AUGCCCUGGUGCCAACAGUGCACGCUGCAUGGACUGUUGGCUGGUACCAGUUCGCUGCUCAAUCUCACCAGAAAAUGCACGCAGCAGCAGCCACAACUAGGCAAGGAAAAGCUGGCAGCUUCACCACUGCUAGAAUGGGCUCAGAAACAGAGACGGCAUCGACCAUUGAAGGUCUCCUGCGCCAGACCGGCGCAGAAGUCCUUCGCCCCUGUGAUCCGGGGUACACUCUUCGCCAAGACAGCUAUUUCUCCACCACGGCUGCCGAGCUCCGUCCCGCUUGCAUUCCGGCCGCAUGGCGCUUCCGAGGUCUCCAAAACCAUCCAGAUCCUCGUCUCAGGGGGCCACGUCUUCGCCCUCCGCAGUGGAGGACAUGGCACCAGUCUUGGGGGCAGCAACAUCGACGGGGGGAUCACUCUCGAUUUGGGGUUGUUGGACUGGACGCGAGUCGUGGAGAAUAGCCAGAGUGCUGAUGGAGGACAGGAGUUUGCCGCGUUGGUCGACAUCGGGCCCGGUGCGCGCUGGCGGGACGCGUACGCUGCCCUGGAUAAGCACGGACUGAUGGUGGCGGGCGGGCGUGAGGGCUCGGUGGGUGUCGGGGGACUACUGCUUGGAGGAGGCAUUUCAUUUCUUUCGGGCACCCGCGGAUUGGCGUGCGACAACGUGGCAGCCUUCAAGGUCGUGCUGGCCGACGGUCGCAUCGUCCAGGCUUCAAAAACCGCGAAUGCCGAUCUGUUCUGGGCCCUGAAAGGUAGCACUAUCAACUUCGGCAUCGUGACCAAUAUCCGCAUGCAAGCAGUGAAGAGUCGCCCCGUUUGGGGCGGCCUCACCAUGAUGUCGCCACAGACUAUUCCGCAGGCUGCCGAGGCGUUAGUCGACUUUACGAGCCGCGUGAAUGAAGAUCCGGACAGCAGCUUGUUAUGCAUCACCGAGUACCGGCCAGAAUCAAAAGAAAUCGCCCUUCCCGCAUAUCUGGUUCAAACCGCUGGAGUGGAAAAUGCGCCUGCAUAUUCUAGAUGGCUGCAGCUACCAUCCACCCACAAGUUCUUUGCGAAGUACACAUUUGCUCAAGCCUCUGGCAACAGAUCCAUGCCGGAUGGGUACCAAUCUACUGAUGAGGACCUGAACCUAGACUGGGAGUAUAUCAAUUAUGCCGAUGAGACCCAGGACCCUCUAGGAAGCUAUGGUGCGGAGACCGUCAAGAAGUUGAAGGAAAUCUCCCAAAGAUGCUCUGACAUUUUGGUCUUCAUCUAUGCUCUCAUUGUCUAA